AUGGAAGCUAGAAGCAAGCCUCAGUUCGUGGCUCUCCUGAUGCUCUUCAGCAUGCUGCUCUCUCAGUCACUGGCUUGGCCUCUCUUUGGACCGCCGUCUGCAGUGAGGUUGGAUGACAGGGUGCAGUUUGAAGGAGCAGGUGGCCCUGAUCAAGUCACUCUACAGGCAGACUCUGACAUCUUGCAGAAUGCCUUAGCAGAAAAUGACACACCCUAUUAUGAUGUGUCCAGAAAUGCCAGGCAUGCUGACGGAGUUUUCACCAGUGACUACAGUAAACUUCUGGGUCAGAUUUCUGCCAAAAAAUACCUUGAGUCACUCAUUGGCAAGCGAAUCAGUAGCAUCCCGGAAGACCCUGUGCCCAUCAAACGACACUCUGACGCCGUCUUCACAGAUAACUACACCCGCCUCAGAAAGCAAAUGGCUGUGAAGAAAUACUUGAACUCCAUCCUAAAUGGAAAGAGGAGCAGUGAGGGAGAUUCUCCAGACUUCCUUGAAGAGCUGGAGAAAUGAUGAGAAGACUCCUCUGGGUAGAGCUGAAGAUCAGAGAAUUCUUGAAGGAAAACAACCAAGUGAUUACAUUAUGAGUUCUACAUAUCUAAUUCAAGAAAACAACUCCCAUAGCAAAACCAAAUAAAAUGUG